AUGAAGUUAUUUGAACAGUUCAAAAAUGCAAUUGAAGAUGAGCAACAAGAAGACAUAUCUGAAACAGAUGCAUAUAUAUCAAUGUAUUCGCCCAAGAAGUUAUCCCUGCUUGGAUUAGCUAUUAUCAAUCUUCAGAUUAUUAAUUUAAGAACAGGAUUGGGUGCCAAGACUAUCAUAGAAUUGAAAUUGGAUCCUGCCUUUGGGGAUACUGACAUUAAUACUGGAACCUUACGUACUGGAGAUAUUGUCAAGCUAUCCAAGAUGGAAAAACUGACAUCCACAAAUGCAAAGAAAAAGAAAACCAAAAGUACUACCUCGACGGAAAAUUCUGAAGACAGUGAAGAUCAGGGUAUUGAAGCAGUAGUGUUAAAGGUAUCAACUCAAACAAUUAGUAUUUCGGUUGAAGAAUCUACUGAUGAUGCCCAUGUUCUUCAAUAUUACAAUAAUACUAAUAACGAUCUGACAAGAAUGUGGCUUGUGAAAUUGGCAAAUUCAAUAACCUAUAAAAGAAUGAUUUCUACAAUGAAUAAAGUUAAUGAACUUCAACCAAGUGACAAAAAUGAUAUUCAUAAGUUAUUGCUUGGUGAAUCACUGUACAUAUCUCAUCAGAAUAAUCAUUUCAUUACCUUUUUCAACAGUCAUUUGAAUGAUUCUCAAAAGCAAGCAAUUGAAUUUGCAAUAAACAAAUCCAAUAUAACGAUUAUUCACGGACCACCAGGAACUGGGAAAACAUAUACUUUAAUCGAGCUUAUCCAACAGUUGACUAACUUGGGGGAGAAGGUACUUGUUUGCGGUCCAUCCAAUAUUUCAGUAGAUACUAUAUUAGAAAGAUUAGGUGAUAAAUAUAAAUCAGGACAGUUGAUAAGAAUAGGACAUCCUGCAAGGCUUCUUCCAGUAAAUUUACAGCAUUCUUUGGAGAUUUUAUCCAAAAGUUAUGGAAGAGAAAUAAUUCUGGACAUUGAACAUGACAUUCUGUCUACAUUGACAAAAAUUCGAAAAUGCAAAAGGUAUGCAGAAAGAAGGGAGUUAUAUCAAGAAUUGAAAUUGCUUAAACGGGAAUUGAAACAACGUGAGAAAAAGAUUGUACAUGAAUUGUUAAUUAAUGCAAGGGUUGUAGUGGCGACUUUGCAUGGUUCCGGGUCAUAUGAAUUGCGAACUAAUGAUUUAGCUUUUGAUACGAUCAUCAUAGAUGAAGUAUCUCAAUCAAUGGAACCUCAAUGUUGGAUUCCUUUAUUAUUGAAUACCAAAUUUAAGAGGCUUGUUAUUGCUGGGGAUAAUAUGCAAUUGCCCCCAACUGUUAAACUGGUGAAGAGAAAAGGUAGUUCUAUUCUUGAAACUACUUUAUUUGACCGUUUAGUACUCAAAGGUGAAGGUAACAAAUUUAAAAAGUUACUUGAUGUUCAGUACAGAAUGAACACAAGUAUUAUGAUGUUUCCAAAUAUGCAACUAUAUUCUAAUAAAUUGAAAAGUGAUAGUAGUGUAGAGAAUAUUACACUUUCUGAAUUACCAGGAGUAGAAGAAAAUGAUGACACAUUGUGUAAAUGUAUUUGGUAUGAUACCCAAGGUGGGGAGUUCCCUGAACAGGUUAGUGAAUCAGUUGAAGGUGAUUCAAAAUAUAACGAGAUGGAACUCUUGGUUGUCAGAGGACACAUUGAGAAAUUGUUGUCUGAUGGGGUCCAACCUAAAGAUAUCGGGGUAAUUGCUCCAUACGCUGCGCAGGUGCAAUUAUUGAAGAAACAAAUGGGACCAGAAACGGAAAUAGAAAUAAGUACCGUUGACGGAUUCCAGGGAAGAGAAAAGGAAGUGAUCAUUUUAACAUUGGUGAGAUCAAAUGAAUCUCGAGAAAUUGGGUUUUUAAGUGAUCAAAGAAGAUUAAAUGUGGCCAUAACAAGACCAAAGAGGCAGCUAUGUGUUAUUGGAGAUUUAGAAUUAAUGAGUUCAAGUGGUAGCAUAUUUUUGAAAAAUUGGUGUAAAUAUGUUGAGGAAGGCAUUGACUGCAAAGAUGUUGAACCAUUCGAAAUCGUCUACCCAAAUUUAGAGGACUACUUGCUGAAUUAG